AUGAAUAGUAGUAAUAAAUAUUCUCCUCUAUAUAGCUCUAAUGAAAAUAUAAAUAUAUAUAAAAAAAACAAAAAAAUUGAAGAAAAUUUGGAUACAUCUAGUGUAAACAUAUCAUGUGAUUCAAAGGGAAGGAUAUUAAUAAAAGAAAGUGAGAAUGAAAGGAAAAGUUCGGAGUAUAAAAAUAAUAUUUUUAAUCCUGACACCAAUAGAAAUUUAAACAAAUUUGAAAAUUAUAAUAUUCCUCCUAACAAUGAAAUGAAAAAAGAUAUAACUAUUUUAAUGAAUAAUUGUGAUAAAAAGAAAUUUUUUUAUGAUAAUUUACCUUCUAAAAAUUAUUUAAAUUCUAGUAACAUUAAUAUAAUGGAUUGUUCUAACUAUGUUACCUUAAAUAAUAGUUAUUAUAAAGGAUAUGAAAAAAAUACUUUAAAUAAUAAUGGGAAGGGAGUAAAUAAUCUUAAUAAUAGGAUACAUAUUAAUUGUACAGAUAUAUUAAGUAAAAAUAAUUUAUAUAAUAAUUCAAUAAAUAAUUUUUAUGAAGAAAAUACAACUAAAAAUAUAACUGAUCAGUCUAGAAGAGACAUAAAUUUAAAAAAAAAUAGGAAUUUUUCAUAUGAUAAUAAUAGAUAUAUAUUUAGUAACAAUAAUAAUCCUACUUUUUUAAAUACUUAUCCACCUUUAUAUUUUUAUAGUUAUAAUAAUGAGAUAAAAUCAAAUAAUUAUUUUUCUUCACUCAAUGCUAUACAAAAAAAAGAUAUUCGUAAUAAUGGAAAUCUUCAAAAUUUAAAAUAUGGGAAUAAAAAUGAUAAAUACUUCAUAAAGACUAUAACAAAUAUGUUUAAUAGAAAAAAAGAUACAAAUAAAAGUAGAAUAUAUUCUCUUAGUUCAUUUGAAUUUCUAAAAGAGUUUGAAAAAUUAAAAAAAAAUUCUUCAGUAAAUAAAAAUAGCGUUAGCGCUAUUUUACAAAAGAAAAAAUUAAAUGAUAAUAUAUCUAACACAAAAAGUGAAAAUAAUAAUACUUUUAAUAAAAUAUACAACUUUAUAUUUCCAUCAAGUAUAAAGAAAUCACAAAACCAAAAUGAUUCAGAUAAGCACGUCGGAAAAAAAGAAUUCAUCAAAUCACCUCAUAAAAAUAAUCAAAAUUAUUUAAUAAAUAAAUCAAAAGAGAAAGCGAAAGUAUCUUUUGACAGUAAUAAUAAUAUUCCGAAAGUAUGUAAUAAAAAUCAUAUAUCUUAUAUAAACCAAGAAGUAGCUACAAACGAUAUGCGUCAUUUUAAUGAAAAAGAAGAGACAAACAAUUUAUUAUUUUUUAACGGAAACCCUUUUUUAAGAAAAAGUAAUGAAGAAAUUCAUGUUAAUUCAAAAAAUGGAUUUUUAAACGAUAAGCAUAAAUAUCAUGAGAAAAUUUUUACAAACAUUUAUCAAUUUACAAGUGGAUGUACUCAACAAGACUUGAAAAUUAAAAAUAGAAAUAAUUCUAAAAUCAAUAAUUUAAAAGAAGAAUAUAAUAAUGUAAGUAAUAAAAAUUACAGCAAAAGAAAUCCUCAUAUUUAUAAUAGUCAUAAAAAUGAAUCAAGUGCACUUUCAGAAAAAGAAAAAAUACGAAAUAUAAUUAUUGAAAAAAUCAACAAUAAUAUUAAUCAAAAAUUAAAAAUGAAUUAUGCUUUUGUUAAUGAAAAUCAAAAUAUAAAAAGUUCAAGCAACCCACAAAAUAUAUAUAAAGAAAACAAUAAAAAUCAAUUAAAAAGAAAUGAAAAUAAAAAUUCAUAUUCUUUAAAUAAUACUUUACAAAAACAAAAUAUUCUCGACGAUGUCUUGAAUGUACAUGCCAAAGGAGUUAAUAAAUCAAUAAAAACAUGUAAUAGUACUAAUAAUAAGCAAGAUAUCUGUAUUCAUAGCACAAUAAAACACGAUAUUUUUGUUAAAAAUUCGGAAAAAACAUCAAAAAAUUCAUUAAGUAUAAAAAAUGAUGAUACUAUAAAAAAUAAAAAUAAUUCCAAUUUAUCAUUUAUUCACGCAAAUAAAUAUAUAAAUAGCAUUUUUAAAAAUAACGAAGCUGAUAAUAGGAGUGUAGAAGAUAGACGUAUUAACAGUUUUUCAAAAGAAGAUAAUAAUAAAAAUUUGAAUGUUAAUAAAAAUAUCAAUAAUUCUUUUUCAGAAAAGGAUAAUAUUAUAAGUGAAGGAAUAAGUAGUAUAUUUGAAUCAGAAAAAAAAAACAGUACAAUAAAAAGUAAAAACUUACAAGUAAAUGAAAAUACAAAAAUGAACGUUGAAAAUAAAAAAAAAUUAAUAAGUCAUUGCUAUCUGAAUAAAUUUUUAUAUGAAAAACAAAGUGAAUUAAAUAAACCACAUAAAAAAGAUGCAUAUACUAAUGAAAGUAUAAAACCAGAAAAUUUAAAUUAUGUUUUUUUAAGAGAUAAUAAACUAAAAAACUCUGAUAUAAAUAAUUAUAAUAACAAAAAUACAGUUUUGAAAUUGGAUGAGAAUAAUAAAAUGAAAGAAAAUAUAGAAGAUAUAAAUGAUAUUGAUAUAUUAAAAAAUAUGCUAAAUACAAGAAAGAAAGAAAAAAUCUUCUGCAAAAACGAUAUAAAUGAAAAUAAUCAGAAAACUACAUAUUUGAAUUUACUAAAUAAUGACAGUAAAAACACGUAUGAUAAUAAUAUUGACGAUAAUUUUUAUGUUCAUUCUAUCGUAUCAGUUACAGAUAGAGACGAUUCAUUAAAAGAAAAAAGUGAUUCACAAAAAAUGGCUAUUAAAAAUAAUACUGAAGCUAAUUUUUCUAAAGAAAAUAUUAAAAAUAAAAUUGAUUUAAUGAAUGAUACUACAAAUAAUAAAUUUUUUCAAAAAAAAAAUAAAAAUUUAUGUAAAGAUAAACGAAAAUUAAUGAAAAAUGAAACAUUAAUUAAUGAUAUUUCUGAAAGGAUAUAUGAAGUUGAAAAUAUCAAUAACCCCAAAAGUGUAAAUCGUAACAUUGAUGAAAUAUCAUUAUUAAAAUCGAAAGUACAUGAUGAAUUAAAUGCAUGUAUUAUGUGUAUUAAUAAUUUGACAAAAAAUAAAAAAUUAUUUGAACAAUUAAAGAGUUAUAAAAAUAAGCUAGAAAAAAAAAAAAAAAAAUUGGAAAAGGCGUCAAGUAGGUAUUCACAUGCUUCAGACUCAUAUUAUACUAUGAAGAAUUCAUAUAUUUCCUCAUUAAUAUGUAAUGAAGGAAAAAAUAACAAUUCAUCAAGCAUUAAAAACGGUUUUAAAUUACAUGAUGAUAAUAAUAUUAUUAUGAAUAAUAAAAAAACAGAUGAUAAUAAAAAUAUAAUUCAUAAUAUUGAUAAUCAUAAAGAAAAAUGGAAUAAAAAAUGUAGUUGUUCUAAGGAGGUAUUGGAUAUGCAUUGGGGAUAUGAAACUAAAACUCAUUCAUUAAGUUCUUGUGAUGAUAAAACAAUUUCUUAUGUAAAGACAAAAAUAGAAAAUAUUCAAUACCAGAAGAGUAAUUAUCAAAUUAAUUUAUCUGAUAAAUAUUUUUUAUCAGAAACAGAAAAGCCGCAUAUAGGAAAGAAAAAGGCGUUGUUGAUUACAUUAAAUUAUGACGGAUUAUUAGAAGGAUCUAUAAAUGAUACUUUACAUUUAUGCGAACAUUUAUUAGAAAAAUUUAACUUUAAUGAAUUAAUAUUAUUAAAUGAUUGUAACAUAAGUUAUAAAAAAUUCAUAGCACAAAAUGCUAAUAAAAAAAAUAUAAUAAAUAAUUUGAAUAAUUUUAUUAUUAAUUCUGAUGAUGGAGAUGUUUUAUUUUUUUAUUUUUGUGGUUAUUCUAUUAAAUUUGUUGAUAUAAAAUUUUCAGAAAAUCAUAAUUUUGCUUUAUUACCUCAAGAUCACACUCAAAGUAAUUAUAUAUAUUCUAAUGAAAUAUUUAAUAUAAUAAAAAAGUUGCAAGGAGGUAAACAAUUAUGUGUUAUUUUUGAUACAACUUAUACAUCAUAUUUUGUACCUAUAUCUACAUCUAUUACUUAUAAUAAAAAUAUUAGUGCAACCGAAAUAUAUAAAAAUAGUUAUUUAGAGUCAAAAAAAAAAUAUUUUAAUUCAUUUAGAACUUUUGGAAAAAUUAGAGAUAGAAAUGUUGAUUCUGUUUAUGUAGAAGAUCUUAAAAGACCAUUAGAUUAUGAAAUACAUAAAGACAAAAAUGAAAAGGUAAGGAAACCACUUAGGCCUUCUAUUUUUUUCUUUUCUCCAGAUAUCAAAGAUAGAAAUAGUUACGAACUUUUAAUAAAAAAUGAAGUUAGAGGAUUAUUAACAUAUUGCAUAGGAAAAGCAAUUGAGAUAUUAAAAAACGUUUUUUCUUAUCACGAUUUAUUUGUUUUAGCUUCUAGAUUAUUAAUUCAUAUAAAAAAUGAAUAUAAGCUAAAGUAUAUAAAAUUUAAACUUUCUUUUUUAAGUGAACAUUCACCUGAUGAUAUAAAGUUUUUAUCUCAUGAAAGUCUUUUUUUAAAUAAAAAAAAACUAUUAGAAGAACCAUUAUGGAAAGAAUCUAUAAGAUUAUACAACUUAAACAAUUAUAUUCAAGAUAUUUAUGAAUUAAAAGAAAAAAAAAUUCAAAAAAAUUAUAUAAAAAAAUGCAUAAUAAUUUUUAUAAAAGAUAUAAAAUUAUGUACAUUUAAAAAUAUGGAUAAAACAGUUGGAUACUUUGUAAGUUCUUUUCUUAAAAAUGCAAAUGUUAAUAUUCUUUAUGUAAGGAGAAAUAACACUAAAUGCCAGAAAAUUGUUCAAGACAAAAUAUUUUUCCUAGAAUACAUAAAAUUGAAUCUAUUAGACUUAGAAAAUGCAAGAAUAUAUGUUGAACUUUUUAAAAAAAAAAAAAAAAAUUAUUUUAUUGCAAGAAGUGUAUUUAAUAUAAGAAAUAUUGAUGGAAAAUAUUCUUUAACUGAUGAAAAAAAAAAUAUAGUUGGUAUAAUAGAUUUGACAAUUAAAUGUGUUUCUUAA